AAAAAAAAAUGUAAAAACUCUGGCAGUCUGAACACAUGUACAACUACUUCAUUUGGUUAACAUAGAGUUGGAGUGUGUAUGUGUGUGUGUAAGAGUGUGUGUGUGUCAGAUGACCACAAACUUUUUCCAUUGCGCCUCAAAUCUUCCGAAUAGAUGGAAAGUGCCACAUUUAGGCCUGCAGUCCAUCAAAAACCUUCGACUUACACACUUUCCUUCAUUCUUAUCCCUUGAGCUCUGUUUUUAUCAUGAUUUGAAGACCUUUUUGUUUCUCCUGACACAGAAAGAACCCUCAGGACUAAAAAGAAGAAAGGAAAAAUACCAAACAUUAAAAAAACCCAAUUGUUUAAUUGAUGAGGUGGUGCUGAUUUUGGACCAGACGUCUGACGCCCUUGUUUUGGAACCAUGGGUGACUGGAGCACCUUGGCGAAGCUGCUGGAUAAGGUGCAGGUCUACUCGACGGCCGGAGGUAAACUCUGGCUCUCCGUCCUCUUCAUCUUCCGCAUCCUAGUGCUGGGGACGGCAGUGGAGUCGGCGUGGGGUGACGAGCAGUCGGCGUUUGAGUGCAACACGCAGCAGCCUGGCUGCGAAAAUGUCUGCUACGACAAAUCCUUUCCCAUCUCGCACGUGCGCCUGUGGGUCCUGCAGAUCAUCUUCGUCUCGGUCCCGACGCUUCUUUACCUCGGCCACGUGCUCUUCCUCAUGCACAAGGAUGAGAAGCUGAAGGUGAAGGAGGAGAGGCUGAGGAAAGCCGAAAGGGAAGGAAGCAACGUCCAUGCCCGCCUGCACAAAAUCCAAGCCAAGAAGUUCAAGUACGGCUUGGAGGAACCCGGAAAAAUCAAAAUGCGUGGCGCCCUCUUUUAUACCUACGUCAUAAGCGUGGUGCUGAAAUCCGUCUUCGAGGUGGCGUUCUUGCUCAUCCAGUGGUACCUCUUCGGAUUCCGUCUGGCCGCCGUGUACACGUGUGAGAGGUCCCCUUGCCCGCAUAAAGUUGACUGCUUCCUGUCUCGUCCGACGGAGAAAACCGUCUUCAUAUUGUUCAUGCUAGUGGUGUCGUUAAUCUCGCUGGCUCUGAACGUCUUUGAGUUUUUCUACGCCAUCUUCAAGAGGAUGAAGGAUCACUUCAGAGAGACAGAGAAGCUCCUGGACAUGGAGAACUCCAUCAGGCCAUGCCCUAGAGAAGACCUUUCCAGCUACGGGUACCACUGCUCGGCUCCUGCGUCGAACCUCGGCUACAAUUUGGACACGGCCGACAAAUCCAACUCUUCGGACAACUUUGAUAAGCAGGCCAACGAGCAGAACUGGACCAACUACAGCACGGAGCAGAAUCAGCUCAACCAGAGGGAUUAUUGCCUGGCGCAGACGUUUGUCUAUCCGCAAAAAAUGACUCUGGGUAAAGACCUCUUACUUCUUAAACAGCUUGACCCUCGACCCCAGAGUCGGUCAAGCAGUCGUGCUCGGCCUGAUGACCUGGACAUCUAGGAGUUAAAAAUUUUAGUCUCUGAAUAUACAAAUACUCAAAAUGUCCAUGUUUCUUUGCGAUGUGUUCCAAAUACUGUGAGCAACUCGGUCCUCGAUCUCGCUACAGGGACAAGGAGUUACCGCUUUUACAAGAUAUUCGCAUCUUAAAGUAUCCAAUUCAAAAGAAAUCAAUUUGGACAGUUUCAUGCAAAUGUACUAUAUUUUUUUCCAUGUAAGUACUUUUUUUUUUUGAUAUUGCCUCUGUAUUAUCUGCAUUAUCAUCCUAGGCUUUAGUUCUUAUAUACAACACCUGUGAUUUAUACAAUCUAUGAAGAACCUUAAAUGCUACAUUUUCUUAAGUUAAGUAUAAACCAAAUGAAAGCCAUUUAAAAUGACUUUUUUUUUGGUAUAAAGUCAGUAAAAUGUUUCAUUUUUGACCUCCACUUUAAAAUUUUUGCUUUUCUACUUAAAAAGUUUUAUUUUAUUCAAAAUUAUUUAAUACUGGAACAUGCUGGAUAAUUUUACUGGAACCUAAGAGCAACAGCACCACCAAAGGUCAUACGAUGUAUUUGCAGAAGAGUAAGAAUUAUUGUUAGGGGGAAGGAAGGCAUAGAGCUGAUUUCUUUCUAGCCCAGAAUGUAGCAUUAUAGAUUUGAUCUUCAUUAUCAUUUCAUUACUGUAAUACUUCGGUACUCGGCGGUAUUUCGUUCCCGGAACAUGUGACAAGUAUUUUAUUUAAUGCAGUUCUGUACUAUAUAAGGAAUAAAGAAAAUGCAUAAAGGUUCUUAAAAAUUGCUAAUUUAAAUUGGCAAAUUGUACAAUGAUUUUUUGACAGGCAUAACAAGCAAUCCUGUAAUCAGGUACUGUAUAUAAAAUAGCAUUUAACUUCACUUUAAAGUGGUUUCGAAGGUUCACACUUUUUCUUUUGUUCCCUCAA